AUGCAACAACAAACUUACAACGGAUUGCCACCAACCUAUACUGAGAGUCGCGCAGAGCGCAAAACCUCUGAUGGUUCUGAAUCCUGUGGUUGGGAAUAUAAUAGUCGUAUAUAUAAUGGAUAUAAUGGAUAUAAUGCCAAGGUUAGCGAAUGCGAUCUCAAGGUUCGAAUGGCCUCGGUUGCCGCAUUGAUGAUGUAUAAUAGUAGUGUCAAAUAUUGGGUUCAAUCACAUGGUUGGGCCAUUUAUGUUGCUUCUGCUUUGACAUUCAUUCUUUUAUUCGCUCUUCAAAUAAAUCAUCGAUCGUAUCCUAAUAAUUAUCUUCUGCUUGCUGCUUUCACGAUCGCUGAAAGUUACACAAUUGGAACCGUUGUAACCUAUUACAAUUAUUUUGUUGUGCUAAGAUCCUUAGUUGUCACAUCUGGCCUUUUUAUUGGUAUUGUAUUGUAUACAAUGCAAUCUAAAUAUGAUUUCUAUGGAUUGUAUCCUCUUCUCUAUGAUGGUCUUUUGUUUGUUCUGGGAAUAACUAUUACCGGAAUCUAUAUGCCAUUCGGUGGCGUUUUUGAUUUUAUUUUUACCAUACUUACCAUUGCUCUAUUUUGUGGUUUCGUUGCUUUCGAUACUUUUGUUAUCUUGACAACAAAACAUCCUGAAGAUUAUAUUCUCGCCGCCGUUGAGCUUUAUUUAGAUUUUAUUAACAUAUUUCUCAGAAUUCUCAAGGUUUUAAACAACAAUUCCC